AUUUGAAUAGCAACGUCAAUACUUUUCAAUACAAAAAAUUUACUCCACUUUGAAAGUGUCUAAUGGCUGAUGAAUACGUUGGUAAAAUGGAUAAAAUGCCUUCAACAGAAGAACUACUAGCAUCCAUUGAAGGUAUGGAAGGUUUAAGUGAAGAAAAUAAACGGGAAUUAAGAGAAAGUAUUUUAAAUGGAGCCCUAUUGAAAGAAGCUGAGGAGAUGACUAAAACUACCGCAGAAAAAGUAGCCAGUGGUGAUGGUGGACAAAUGUUAAUUUUGUUUUUAAUGAUUUCCCUUGUUUUUAUGAUAAUUGUAUUUUUUGGCUACAAACUGUAUUCUUCUCUCACGGAAAAGGAACGAAGAAGAGAAGAAAAAAGAAAACUUAAACAACAGAAAAAGAAAAAGUGAAUUCUUGAAAGUUGUACUAUCACAAAUCAUUCCUUUACGAUUUUAUAUAUAUAUUUUUAUUUUUUUAGCGGCUCACUAAUAAUAUAAAGGUUAUAUUUUUUUAUUAAUUGUACACAUUUUCAAAAUGCAUAAUAAUUGAACGGUGAAACACUUGAAACUAAAGGGUCCUUUUUAAAUUCAUUAAAAUUUUCUUUGAUCAAUUUUACAAAAUAUGGUUAAAUGUUUCGUAUGGUCCAUUUUAACGUUGUAUUAUUGUAAUAUUUUAUCCUAUACUGUUUAAACAAAUAUAUUUAUGACAAACA